AUGAAGGCCUGUAACGAGGUUGUGAAGUUGCAACGUUCUGAUUUAUCGUGCCAAAAUAAUUGUGAGCAAGAAGUUACCCAAGUGUUCCUUGGAACCCAUCGGGAGAAAUUAGAAGCAAUCAUUGCGCAGUGUGAUAUUGCAUCUAUGGACCUAUCCAAAGGUGGUGCAUCUACAAAGCUCUUCAGAAGCAUGAUGCAACCGAAAUCAGUUCACAGACAAAAGUUGCUGCCUUUGGGCUCUUUGCCUAGUGCCGGAAAAAAGACUCACAGAAGGGAGCACAACAACUAUAUUCCGAACAAGCGAGUGCGAGGGCGUGAGUGCGAAAACACAACGGCCUUAAGCCAGUUAUUGGAAGGACACUGUCUGAACUUGGUCCAACGCUGA